AUGGGGGAGUUUACCACGAGGCCCACAAUGCACGAGGAGGAAAAUGGUAGUAGCAGUACUUCGCAAGAUAUCCCCGUUGACCCAUUUGACGUUUCGCCCAUUAGUGAACUGCCAUUUGAACUUCGUCUGAAUUAUUCGCAAACUCCACUGCCACACGACCAAUAUGGCCGUCCUUUCGUUGUUAAUGGAGACUAUAGCGACAACUCGUACAAUUAUGUUAAUUCAUCCUCGUCGUCAUCAUCCAUGGCUAAUAAUGUAUUCAAUAAUCCACCCAGGCUGGGAUCGAAACUAAAUACAAAGUACCUGCAAAACCCCAUCAGAAACGAAAACUUGUCAAUUAACCAACCCCCAGCUUAUGAUCGAUACCCUGUAAUCAAAGAUUCAGAAAAUAACUCAAUAACACUGUCACGUUCCAAUCUGCAACUACCGCAAGCAGAAGGAGCACCUUUGGCAGACCACUUAAACCACAAAUUCCAUUCAUCAUCAUACUCUCACGAAUCUAACGGUGACAACACAAAGUACCCGGCAACAUACAAGUUCACUGAGUUUAGUCCAUUUGGUGGCUAUCCAGCUUCUUCAUUUCCAUUAAGUAUAGAAGAGAAAGAACCUGAUGAUGACUUGCAUAAUCCAAAUCCUGUCAAGGAUGCCGAAUACGAAAAGAAUAGGUUUUGGUACGAUUUAAAACAAGGUGACAGGCGAUCGUAUUUGGGAAUUUUUGGGUUUUUAUUUCUUAUUGCUGCAGCAGUCGCUGUUUUUGUCAUCUUGCCAGUAUUGACAUAUUCUGGUGUCACGGAUCACAAAGUGGUUCCUGAAACAUACGAGAUUUUGACGCAUUAUUCGUAUCCCAUGUUGAGUGCCAUAAGGACAACCUUGAUUGAUCCUGAUACCCCCGGAGAAGCAUUAACCCUAGAGUCCAAAAGUGGUGAUAAGUGGCUGUUGGUUUUCAGUGAUGAGUUUAAUGCUGAAGGAAGAACGUUUUAUGAAGGUGAUGAUCAAUUUUUCACUGCUCCUGAUUUGCACUACGAUGCCACAAAGGAUUUGGAAUGGUACGAUCCUGAUGCAGUAACAACAUCCAAUGGUACGUUGGCUUUACGAAUGGAUGCGUUUAAAAACCACAAUUUGUUUUAUCGUUCUGGAAUGGUGCAAUCGUGGAACAAAAUGUGCUUCACGCAGGGUCGUAUUGAAAUCUCGGCAAGAUUACCUGAUUACGGGUAUGUUUCUGGACUAUGGCCUGGGUUGUGGACGAUGGGGAAUCUUGGACGCCCUGGCUACUUGGCAACAACCGAAGGCGUUUGGCCAUACUCAUAUGAUUCAUGUGAUGCGGGCAUCACGCCGAAUCAAUCAUCUCCCGAUGGUAUUUCGUAUUUACCAGGACAGCGUUUAAAUAAAUGUACUUGUCCAGGUGAAUCACACCCAAAUCGUGGAGUUGGAAGAGGUGCACCUGAAAUUGAUCUUAUUGAGGCAGAGAUAAUGGUUGAUAGCAAGAACAUUAAACCAAAUAAUGGUGUAGCCUCACAAUCAUUACAAUUGGCGCCAAUGGAUAUCUGGUACAUGCCCGACUACGAUUUCAUUGAGAUUUAUAAUGAUUCAGUAACCACUAUGAACACAUAUGCUGGUGGUCCGUUCCAGCAGGCUUUUUCUGCCACCACCAUGUUGAAUAGGACAUGGUACGAGAAAGGCAACGCUUAUGAGCAUAACUUCCAACGUUAUGGUUACGAAUAUAUUAAUGAUGACACUGAUGGUUACUUGAGGUGGUUUGUCGGUCGUGAUCCAACACUCACGGUUUACCCCACAGCUUUACAUCCAAAUGGUAACAUAGGCUGGAGACAAUUGUCAAAGGAGCCAAUGUCUAUCAUUAUGAACUUGGGAGUUUCAAACAAUUGGGCUUAUAUCGACUGGGCAAUGAUUUCAUUUCCAGCAACUUUUAGAAUCGAUUAUGUCAGGAUAUACCAACCGCUGGAUGCAAUCAAUACUGGAUGUGACCCCGAAGACUACCCAACUUAUGACUAUAUUGAACAACACUUGAAUAUUUAUGAAAAUGUAAACUUGACAAGUUUUGAAGAUGGUGGGUACACAUUCCCAAAGAAUAGUCUCAUUGGAUGUUGA